AUGUCGCCGUCCAACACCGCCGCGCACCCAUCCACCGACGUCGUCCCCGCCAAGCCAUCACCGCCAUCACCACCCUCACCAACCCCACCAGAGACCACGCCGUCCCAGCGCCGACUCCUCGAUAUCGCCAUGGAGCUCCACAACCUCAUGGCCCGCCAGUCGGUCUUGCAGCGCAAAAGGACCCCCAACACAGAGGAGCUCGCAGAUGUAGAGGCCCGCAUCACCGCUUUGAGGAACGCGAGAGAAGACGUCGUCCAGGUCAUCGAGGCGGAAAGCCUUCUCCGAGGGAUUGCCAAUACCAAGACCAGCUCUCCCACAACCGCAGCCCAAGAUCAGCGGGAACAGACAUCACCACCUUCCAACCCGAAUGGGUCUCUGCCCGCCCGAUGUGCAUCGUAA